UGGGAAAGGGGCGGAGGGAGAGGAUGGGUACAAAGUGCGGCGCGCGCUCCGGGGGAGCGGCUCGAGUCUCGGCGGCUGCAAGCGGGAGGUUCUGUUGCACGAGGGGGCGGCGGUUGUUGCCGGCGCGCUCAGGACCAGCUGAGCCCGCCCUCCUUCUCCUCCUCCGCCGCCUUGCGCUGCAGCGGCUCUGCAUGGGUGGCCAAGCGGCUGCUCUGCCUGCUCCGUCGGCGCUCUUCCUCGGCGGCCCGGAGCCCUCGCCUCCCUGCCGGGCGAUGAGCCUGGACGAGUAGGACGGGCUCCCCGCGCUCAGCCCUGGAGGUCUUGCCUCCCCUGCUGCCGGCUCCCCCCUUACUCCUUUUGGAUGCUUUGCCCAGCCUUCCCCACUCCCCGCCGUCGCCUGCCUCCUCCUCCUCCUCUUCCUCGUCCGCCUCUCCAAGCAGCGGCAGCCGUCGAGGCAGCGCCAUGCACACGGUGCAAAAGGACACUACCUUCACCAAGAUCUUCGUCGGGGGCCUGCCCUACCACACCACGGACGCCUCGCUGAGGAAGUACUUCGAGGGGUUCGGGGACAUCGAGGAAGCCGUCGUCAUCACCGACCGGCAGACGGGCAAAUCCCGGGGCUACGGCUUUGUGACCAUGGCCGACCGAGCUGCUGCCGACAGGGCCUGCAAGGAUCCCAACCCCAUCAUCGACGGCCGGAAAGCAAACGUCAACCUUGCGUAUCUGGGAGCAAAACCAAGGAGUAUUCAGACCGGUUUUGCUUUGGGGGUACAGCAGUUACACCCAGCGCUCAUUCAGAGACCCUUUGGGCUCACGCAUCACUUUAUCUACCCUCAAGCCAUCGUCCAGCCCAGCGUGGUCAUCCCGACGCCUGUCCAGUCCAUCACAUCUCCGUAUAUAGACUACACAACCGCAAGCCAAGCCUAUACACAAUUCACCACAGCUGCCUACGAUCAGUACCCGUACGCUGCUUCCCCUGCUGCUGGCUUCAUGGGGUAUGGCUACUCGGGCGCAGUUCAACAACCUCUCACAGCUGCCAACCCGACCGUAGCGGCCCCAACAGCCUUCGUGCAGUACCAGCCUACGCAGCUGCAGCCGGAUCGUAUGCAGUAGUGUCCUAGCCUGGAGUCAUCUUCUUUUCUCAGAAGACUGUUCUUUUCUUUCCUUCUGUGAUGGAAUGGGGAGAUGUAAAAAAGGAAAAAAAAAAUCUGUGGAAAAACAGAGGAAGCAAAAAAAUAAAUAAAUAAAAAUUUAAAGCUUUUAAAAACCAACCUUAUUAGGAAUGCAUAUCAAUACCUAAGCUAUUUAUAGUGUUACAGACAAGUUUUUAAGUCCUCUCAGAAAGACUUACACAUGCAGCAAUGGACUCUUUUUUUAUCAAGACAAAUAAUGUUGCAAAGAUGGACUGAAUAUGACUUUACAACGUGAAAACUACAGGUUCUUGCACACUUAAUAGCAGUCUACUUCCAUUGCCUAUCUUUUUCUCACUCCGGUUUUAAAAAUUUCUCUGCGUAUCCCUUAGGCCAUCAAAUUCUGUUGCCUGGUUACCUAACCUUCAACACACAAGGUACUCGGAGAAUACAGAAAUGGGGGGAAAAAUGCAAACCUUUUGUUGUAUUAAACCCUUUGUAAUACUCAGAGAUGCCUUACAGAAAAAAAGAACCUAUUUUAAUAUUUAUUGUGAUCUUUUUAUUCGCACGAGCUGUGAAUUGCAGAUGCAACGUCUGCCUUCUUUAAUUUCUCAACUAAAUUAUUGUAUGUAGGUGGGGGAGGGGGGAGUUCCUAAGUAAGUGCUAAAUCACUUUUCGACAUGCAAAAAGGGAAUAUUGGCUUUAAGGACAGCAAAAUAUUCCUUUAGUCAACGCACUGUUAAUUUUUCUUAUUGUAAUUAUUACUCUGUUAUCUCAAAGUUUAGGUAUAUUUUUAAAUGCAGAAAAAAAGGAGGGGAAGAAAUACUGAACAUAUUGUCUACUUUGAUAGAUCUUUUGUUAUAAUGCUGCAAAGUCUAGAGAAAUCCUACAGUAUUUAUAUAUAAAAGCUAAGCAGCGUGUGGAGUCGUGGGCCCACAGUGCUUAGGAGGACGUCAGGAAUGGAUCAGAGUUUUAAGGCGGUGUUACACACUUGAACAAAAGGUUUUUUUAAAUGUGACACUUUUGAUGCCUAAUGGUCCAACAGCUGAUGAAGUGAAGAGAAAACAAGACCGUGUAAGUUAAUUACAUUUUUACAAAAAAAAGAGCAAUAAACUAUUUUGAUUUUAAAA